AUGGAUCACGUCGUAUUGCCAAGUUUUUGGGUGGAAAAACCGGCGCUGUGGUUCGCACAAGUCGAAGCUGUGUUUGCAUUGAACAGAGUAACAUCGGAUUCUGAUAUGUACGACCAUAUCGUUUCGGAGCUCAGCAAAGAUGUGAUCAGCUUAGUUGAAGAUAUUAUACUUAACCCUCCAGAAAUGGAAGCCGUUGAUAGAUAUGACUAUUUAAAACACGAAGUUAUUGAGCGUAUGUCAAUUAAGCAGUUGGAAAAUGAAAAGAUUGGAUCUAUGAAACCUUCGGAGUUUUUAGCGCACCUUCAAACCAAAGCCGAUUCGAGAGUAUCAGAGGAAACUAUUAAAGAAAUAUGGAUCGAGGGUUUACCUUCACACGUAAAGGAAGUUAUAGAAGGAGAAAACUGUGAUAAUUUGGACCUAUUAAUCAAUGUUGCUGACAAAGUUCUUGAAGUCUAUUCAGGUGAAAACCCUUCUGAUAAAUCUUCAAUCGAAUUUGAGAGUAAAUUAGACAAGCUGUUACAGCAAAUGGAAAACUUACAUAAACAAGUUAUUGAUAUACAACUUACUAUUCAAGAAAAAGUUGAAGUGUGUAAGAACUGUAAGUGCAAAACGCCUGAAGUAAUAUUGAAAACUAAUGAUCGAAACGUAAAUCAAAUAUGUUGGUAUCACGACAAAUUCGGUAAUAAAGCUGUCAAAUGUAUAAGUCCUUGUAGUUAUAAGGAAUAUGUCACUCAAAAGCUUUUAGAAUAA